CUGAUGACGUGCGAUACGAGGGCCGGGAGGGGAGGCGCAUGCGCAGCGGGAGCCGGUGCAGGCUCGGGGGGGGUUGCGGCCGUGCAGCGCGAGGGCGAGCGAGGUGCCGCCGGCCAGGCUCAGUUCGGCAGAUCUUGCUGUAUCCGCUUCUAACUAGGAGGCUUAGUAGUCACCUCUAACUAGUAGAUAUCUGCCCAAUUUUUAAACCAUAGGGUUGUGUUCUUCAGAUGCAUGCGCAGAUGAGCAUACAACAAAAGGAAUGACUGUGAACACUCCAGCACUCUGUUUCAGAAGCAAGAAAAUUCUGGCUCCCAUGGUGCGGGUUGGAACAUUACCCAUGCGUCUUUUGGCUUUGGAUUUUGGUGCUGAUAUUGUAUACUGUGAGGAGCUGAUUGACAUAAAGAUGGUGCAGUGCAAAAGAGUUGUAAAUGAGGUGCUUGAAACAGUGGACUUCGUAGCUCCGAACGAAAGAGUUGUUUUCAGAACCUGUGUGAGAGAGAGAGAUUGUGUUGUCUUUCAAAUGGGAUCAGCAGAUGCUGAGAGAGCCUUGGCUGUAGCCAAGCUUGUAGAGAAUGAUGUAGCUGGGAUUGAUAUCAACAUGGGCUGUCCAAAAGAAUAUUCUACUAAGGGAGGUAUGGGAGCAGCGCUGCUGUCUGAUCCUGACAAAAUUGAGUGUAUUCUGAGUACCUUGGUUAAAGGAAUUUGUAAACCAGUGACCUGCAAAAUCCGAAUCUUGCCUUCGCUUGAAGACACUAUAAGCCUGGUGAAGAGGAUAGAAAAGACUGGUGUUGCUGCCAUUGCAGUCCAUGGAAGGAAGAAGGAGGAGAGGCCUCAACAUCCUGUCCACUGUGAAGUGAUCAAAGCCAUCUCUGAGGCAGUCUCUAUUCCUGUAAUAGCAAAUGGAGGAUCUCAUGACUUCAUCAAAGAAUAUACUGACAUUGAAGCCUUCCAACAAGCAGCAGGUGCUUCAUCGGUAAUGAUAGCUCGUGCUGCCAUGUGGAACCCAUCCAUCUUCAGAAGAGAAGGCCUUUGUCCCUUGAAGGAAGUCAUGCAAGAAUACAUCAAAUACAGUUGCUGUGAAGGAGCAGAGAUACGGCUGCCAGGCACAGCAGGGGUUAAAGAAAACCUGUGGGUUCAGCUAGACCCGCCCCUUAUACCUGCAGCCAAUGCCAGUCCUGGAAAGGGAAGAAAAGAGGGGAGCCUGGCUCAGUCAGGGGCUGACUGGCAAAGAGGCAGGAGCUCUCUGUGUGUCUGCCUGAAGGCAGAGACGCAACCUGCCUGCCAAUGGAGCCACUGGAAGCAAGCAGUGAGAUAUGAUAAUCACUAUACCAACACAAAGUACUGUCUUUGUCAGAUGUUAAGAGAACAGUUAGAAACCACAGAGGGAAAGAAACUGCAUGCUGCACAGUCGACUCAAGAAAUCUGUGAAGUAUUUGAAAUGGGCGGUUUCUAUGAAGAAACAACAGCUAUUCUGGAAGCGAAGAAGGCAUCAUUAAAGGCCAAGACACAAGAUGAAGAUGAGCAGAUGGAAGACACAGAUGUGAUAAAAAUGGCUGUUAGAUUUGACAAGCGAGAAUAUCCACCACAGAUUACUCCCAAAAUGUAUCUCUUGGAAUGGUGUAGGAAGGCAAAGCACCCUCAACCUGUUUAUGAAACUGUUCAAAGACCAUUAGAUAAAUUAUUCUGUUCAGUUGUCACAGUAGCUGAACAAAAAUAUAGAUCAACCUUAUGGAUGGAGAACAAGAUACAAUCCAGUUGGCAACUAGAGCUGAGUGAACAAUUGAUCAGAAGAAUUUGGGACAAGUCAAAGAAGCUAGCAGAACAGGCUGCAGCUAUAGUCUGUCUUAGGACGCUGGGUCUCCCAGAGGGGAAGCUUAAUGAGGGAGAAAACCACCUGAUUAACAAACGCAAGAGAGAGAACCAGGAGUUCUUGAACAACAAAGAACAUGAAGAUGACCUACUUGUUGAGGCUUCGCAUAAAAGAGCUCAUUUUACUGAGGGAGCUUCUGACUCCAGCUCUUCUGAGGUGCCACGAUAGCAUGAAAAGCUUAUGCUCAAAUAAAUUUGGUAGUCUGUAUUUGCAAAAAGAAAAGGAGUACCUGUGGCACCUUAGAGACUAACACGGCUGCUACUCUGAAAUCUGAUUCCACAACUGUGUAGCUACCAAUUCACUCACUUUUUUAUAUCCUGCUGUUGUAUUUCAUCUAAAGUCUGUCAGUCGGAGACAGGUAAACUCUGCCCGAUUAUGAAAACCUACUGGACUGGGUAAAUGUUUUUUGUGUUUUGCUUUGGUGCCUUUCAAACAGGAUACAUUAGCAGCCUGGGUUUUAAAUAAGAAUGAGAAGAUGAUCCCAACAUUAAAUUCUGUUUCAGUAGCAAACUAUUUUCAGUUUAGCUUUUGAGGUUUUGAGUUUUUUGUUUAAUAUAUUUUAUAAGUAGAAAGAAGAGUUUUAAACACACAUGAGAGAGGUUCUUAACAGAUUGUUUCCAACUGUUGGAGUUUUGGUGUAGUUUCCAUUAACAGGGAUAAGUAUGUUAGAAGUUGUCAGCUCUUGUCUGAAACAAAGUUAUAGCAGGUUGUGUCAUGAUCCCUAAAGUAGUUUGUAUGAAGAAAAUAUUCAGAACAUAAUUCAUUGUUGAUGAACUAUAUCAAAGUGGCUUCCCUAUUUAAAAAUAAUAUACACCUUUAUUUUAAAUGGAAGUGUCUUCGCUAAACCAUUGUUUUCAAACGGAACAGCAAUAUCUAACUGGGAUUAUGUGUAGAGUUUUUAAAAGAUGUAUGUGCAUAUUGAAGUGACUGCUACUCAAAUCUCUGAAUUUUUAAUAAAUCUGCAUAGUUUGCAUUUAACUGAAAAAUAAUUGCAAUUCGUUUCCUACUUUGUAGACUGCAAUAAAAAAAAAAAAGUUUUAAAAGCUGCUUUCAGAACUAAAUGUUCCAGUUUCACACAAUGGUUUUAGUCAUAGAACACUUACUUCAGAGCAGUGACAGAAAUUGUAGUCUAGUUAACAAGCCAUAAACUUCAGGAAUAAUCCUUUCCCCACUGAGAUUCAUGUCUGGGCAGGAGCUUUUGUCAAGGCUGUUUUUAUACCAUCAUGAGGAAUGGUCAUGCAAAUAUUAUACCAGAAUCUGAUUCAUUCCCUGAGUUUUCCUGGCAGAAUGCAGGUUGCAAGGCCCAGUGAUGAUAAGUAGUGCAAGUUGUCUGCAAUCCAGCUCUGCUGGACAGGUCAGAAUUGAGCAGUGCAUCCCCAGUUCUGAGAGAAGUCCUAACUAGGGAACCUGGGAGAUCUACUGGAGCUCUUCUGGAUCACCAUCCAGAGUUUCUUGGCAGAAACUGGCCAGGCAUAUUGCGGAAUCACCAUCUAUGCUACUGCGGAGGAAACUGCCUCAAUGGAAGUUGCAAACUGCAAAUCCUGCACCUCUGGGAGGAAGUUCAUUAACCCCAAGUCUGACCAAAACUCUAAUUUCUUGAUUCUCUUAGUUUAAAUAAAGCUGUGUGUCCUGGAGAGUGGUGAUGUAUCCCUGGAUGAGGAUGCUGGCUGACAGUAGAGACCAGGUGACUUUUAACAGCCACACUUUAGUGUGGCCUUUUCCGUCCUAUUUGCUGUGGCAUUCCCUUCAGGAGGCUGUGGGGUUGGAAAGCCAGAGGGCAUCCUAUCAAAGGGAGCAGCCUUUGAAAAGUCUUUGAUUCAGCUUCCUAGUUUCUCUCUCCCUGUGAAUCUUAGUUUAUUCAAAGAUUUUGCAUAAACAGGCUUGUCCUCCUCCAUAAGUAAAAUGUAAAGAUUUUGUUUGCAUGUCAAAAAUAAUAGUGUUUUAAAAACACUUUUUUCCUGGAAAGCCAGGGAACUUAUGGCCCUGAGUGCCUGCAUAAUACUCACAUGAGCCUUAGUAUCAGUGCUGCCUUCACCACUAAAGGUUUAUGGACUAUUUGGGCCAAACUGUGUCUUCAAACACGAGAACCAAAGGAAGAGCAUAAUGGAAUGUUCUGACUCCCUUUGAAGCACCCAGAGAAGUCACUCAGCAGAAGGUGUGCAACUGAAAGCAUGGCGCAUUCCAAGAUGGAAGCCUAAGAGCCCUGGCCUGUGUUGCAAUGCUUUUACACCAUUUUCUUGUCCUGGCAAUUGGCCUUACGUGACACCCCCACAAGCUACACCUCUCCUACAGUGUAAAUUUCUCUGCUCCUGGCAGAAACAGUGUACCUCGGGAAAUAGACUUGUGAAGGGAACCACAGCUAAUCAGCACGCAGAUGCAGGCUAACCCUGCUUUUAUAAUAUCUAUGUGCACCAGUUCGGGGGGUGGUGUAAAAGGGGCUAUUUGGUAUAUGGCCUCUUAUGGGGAAGAGAGAAUACAAAAAUUAAACAUAGGGAAGUAAUAGAAGAUCAGAGAAGGUGCUGCCUCAAUUUAAUGUCAAUGUCCAAAGAAAAUACGAUCAAUGUUUUUAGUGUGCAACGACAAAACAUGUAUAUAAUGAUUUGACUGAAUCAAACUGAAGUGUCGUUGAAAUAAGUUAAAUUGUCUAGAAGACCUAACGCUUGCAAGGUAAGUGCUUAAAUAACUACGUGAUAACAAAUCAUUAUUUUAUUUAUCUAGUGUAAAGUCUGUAUAAGUAACUACAGUUAGUUGAAUAAUAUAUAAUUGUGGUAAGAUAAAUGGUGUAGCAUCUGCAAACAAGAAAGUGAGAUGCUGCUUUGCUAGAAUGAAUAUUUCAGACUAAAUUUGGCAGUGAUGUAAAUGAAUGGUCAGAAAAUGGGUGCAUACAAAGUGUGAUUUACAGUCCCAUUUGAUGUCCUUGAUGUGGGUCAGGAAAAGCAACUAAUGGGACUCUGUAAGUGUGUUUUAGGGAGAAUCCUUUAACUGAGGCUAUGAUUACACUGCCCCAUGGUUCAGACUUUGAGGGCGUGAACAACAGUGUACACCAAAGUGCUGUGCAGUAACUCCCCUAUGUGGGCACUGUGGACACAAACUAAAAGGUUCUUUUUUUGCAUUAAUCUGUUUGAAGAGGACUACGUUAAUGUGAACAGGGAAGUUCACACCUGAAAGUUCACACCUGAAAUGGCCACACAGGAGAGUUAGAGAGUGCAGCACUUUGGUGUGCACUGCUGUUCGCGUCCUUGUAGUCCAAACUGCAGGGCAGCAUAGAUAAGCCUUAGUUGCUCUUCCUGCUGCAUUCCUCCUAACCCACUUUCCCCUGCUGUGUAACUUUUUGCACCAUUCACAUCGCUGAAUUCAUGCUAGAUACAUCUGUGAUAGUGGCACCUGCAUAUGUACCAGUUCUGAGGUUUGCUUUUGAUCUUAAAACAGGUUCUUAUUCUGGGGAACAAAAUGCUUUUUUUCUAGAGACUGUUCUAUUCAAGGUAUUGGAUUAGAACCAUAUCUUUUGUAAAAAAAAUAAAUAAAAUAAUAAAUUUUAAAAAA